AUGUCCAGCGACGAUGAGGGAGCCGCUGCAGCAAAGACACCUGCAGCAAAGCCCGCGAUGUCGCGCUUCCUGCGCAAGCCAGGGGGCGCGUCAUCCUCAGAGAGCGAGUCUGAGGAGAGCGAGAGCGAGGAGGAGAGCGAGGCGAGCGAGGAGGAGGGGGAGGGCGCGAAGAAGCGGAGUCGGUUCCUCGUGGCGGGGAGCGAGGAGGAGAGCGAUGAGGAGGUGAAGAGGGUUGUUAAGAGCGCAAGGGAUAAGCGUCUUGAUGAGAUGGAGGCGUGUGGGAAGACGAUGGAUAACGCGCUCAAGAUUAAUGAUUGGGUUGCCAUCUCGAAUGAGUUUGAUAAGCUGGUGCGCAUGGCGCAGCGCCAGCAGAAUGUCUCGGAGCUCGUGCCGCCGUUUUACAUCCGUACGCUGAUCGGUCUCGAGGACUCGCUGACCAGCGCGGUGGCCAAGGAGAAGGAGGCGAAGAAGAAGAUGAAUGCGAGCAAUGCGCGUGCGCUCAAUGGGAUGAAGCAGAAGGUGAAGAAGGUCGCGAAGGAGUACGAGGCGGAAAUCAAGCGCUUCCAGGAGGAUCCGGAGGCAGUCGAGAGAGAAUAUCAAGCUGCAUUGGUCCCGGAGGUUGCGCCCUCCGCGCCAAAACAGAAAAGGAAGAAGGUAGAGGAGGAGGAGGAGGAAGGCGAGGGCGAGGAGGCCUUCACCACUGUCGGCAAGGGCGGAAAGGCCAUACAGUUCACGGCGGACAGCAUCUUCAAAAACCUGCAGCUGGUGCAGGAGGCUCGUGGUAAAAAGAACACCGACCGGCACGAGCAGAUCCGGAUCCUCGAGAAACUGCUCGAGGUCGCGGUGACGUCGUACCAGCGCAUCCGGGUGCUGCUCACGCUCAUCUCGGCGCGGUUCGACUAUAACUCGUCCGUCGCGACGCACAUGCCGAUCGGGCUCUGGGUCGCGGCGCAGCGCGAGGUGGACCAGCUGAUUGCGAUCGUGAUGGCGGAGCCGGGAUAUGUGAUCCAGGAGACGACGGAGGAGUACGAUGAGCUCGCGGAGCGCACGCCUGAGACGGAGAAGGACGGCGUGGUACGCAUCCGCGGGAGCAUCAUCAGCUUCGUGGAUCGCCUCGAUGACGAGUUUACGAAGAGUCUGCAGAAUAUCGACCCGCAUGGGACGGAGUAUGUCGAACGGCUGAAGGAUGAGAAGGGGUUGUAUUGCACGAUCUGCAGGUCGCAGGCGCUGUACGAGAGGAACAAAGACGAGGACCCGCUCGGGCGGGUGAUCAUGCGGCGGUUGGAGCACAUCUACUCGAAGCCCGACGCCGUAGUACAUGCUCUCGAAGCAGCCGUCACCGCCUCAGAUACCCAUCCCUCGAUAGUGUUGCCUGCUGAUGGCAAGACCACGCCUCUCAUUCACGCACUCUGUGUACAUCUGUACAAGUCCAGCAACUCCUUCCUCCGCACUCGUGCGAUGCUCUGCCACAUCUACCAUUAUGCCCUGCACAACGAUUUCCACACCGCGCGGGACAUGCUGCUCAUGUCGCAUCUGCAAGAGUCCAUCUACUCCGCGGACGUCGCGACGCAGAUUCUGUACAACCGCACGGUCGUCCAGCUCGGUCUCAGCGCGUUCCGGUGUGGGCUUAUCAAGGAGGCGCAAGCGACGCUGCAGGACAUAUUCGCGACGCAGCGCGUGAAAGAGCUGCUCGCGCAGGGCGUGCAUCAGCAAAGGCACCAGACGCUGACGCCGGAGCAGGAGAAGGCAGAGCGCCAACGACAGCUGCCUUUCCACAUGCACAUCAACACGGAGCUGCUCGAGGCGGCGUUCCUCGUGUCGAGCAUGCUCGUCGAGAUCCCGCUGCUCGCGAGCAUCGACACGGAGGAGCAGCGCCGCAAGGUGAUCUCGAAGCCGUUCAGGCGCCUGCUCGACUUUGCGGACCGCCAGGUGUUCACGGGCCCGCCGGAGAGUACGCGAGACCACAUCAUGCAGGCGAGCAAGGCGCUGCAGAAUGGCGAGUGGGAGAAGUGUCGUGAUUUGAUCCAGAGCAUCAAGAUCUGGAGUUUGAUGCCAGAGUGCAACUCUGUCAAGGAGAUGCUUGCGAAGCGGAUCCAGGAGGAAGGCCUGCGAACUUACCUUUUCACAUACGCGCCGCAUUACAGCACCCUCUCGCUGUCGCUCCUUUCGCGGACGUUUUCGCUGCCACUGCGCGCCGUCACCUCCAUCGUCUCCAAGAUGAUCUGGAACGAAGAGCUGGCGGCGUCGCUCGACCAGGCCGCGGGCGUCCUGGUGUUCAACCGCAUUGAGCUCUCGCGGCCGCAGCAGCUUGCACAGAUCCUGGCCGACAAGAUCAACAGCAUGCUCGAGCAGACUGAGAAGAACCUCGACAACAAGCUCGGUCCCGCUGCGGGGUGGGGCGACCGUGCCGAUGGCGGCAAGGGCGACAAGCGCGGUGAGCAGACGCAGGAGCGGAGGCGAGGGGGCGAGAGGAACCGGGGCGGUGUGCGCGGUGGUGCACGCGGAGGCCGCGGCGGACGCUUCGCGCAAGGUCUCGGAAACCAGAUGGCAGGCGGCACCCAAAGGACCCGAUGA